AUGGAAGCUGUCAUUUUCUUUACAGCCGUUACCUUCGUGCUUGCUAUGGGAAGUGCGGUCAUGCAGGGCAUAAUCUUCUGGAAACGGUAUCGACUUCGCUUCCAUAUUACCAAGAAAACACCGUCUAUCAAUAGCCGCGACUUGGAGAGUCAGGACAGCGAUUUACAACCCCGUAAUGCAACAACAUGUCCGCAUGUCGUUGCCGAGCCGAUGCAGCGUUUGCGACAUGAGAGCACCCACCCCCGCCGGUGGCCUUCAGGAUAUUAUGAUCCUGCCAACCCCCACUGGACUUCCGCUGAUCGACGACACCAAUCCAAUACAAUCGCUACAUUUGCACCAGGACCAACCCUCCUCGAAGACAUAUCGGAACGUUGCCCGUCGCCGACUACGAUUAGCCUCGCGCACCUACCCGCAACGGAACCACGUGACCUCCAGGGCUUCGUGGAGCAAAAACCCUAA